AUGGACUUUGCAACGACCCCCCCGGCCCCAGAGGUGCGAUACAACUUUCGUAAAGUUGACUGGACGGCACUCCGUGAUGACUUAGCUGAGCGCCUUUUGGACAUUGAGCCUCCGCAGGCCCUACGUGAUAUUGACCAUAUGACAAGUAAGCUACAGGCAAUUACUGACCUCAUUACUUCCCUCGUCGAGAAGCAUGUUCCGAAAGUGCGCCCGUCUCCCCAUGCCCGACGGUGGUGGACAGACGACUUGGCAAACAAGCGUAAAGAAGUGAAUCGC